GGUGGCGGCUGCGGACGAAGACCUGCUGAUCGCUUUACGUGACCUGCUUGAAUGUGUUCUGCGUUCCCAGAAAGGACACGGUUAGAGACGCCUUCGUUGUGCUGAUAAUGGACGAGGAGAGUCUGGAGGCAGCCAUUCACACCUACAGCGCCCAGCUGCAGCAAGUAGAGCUGGCCUUAGGGGCCGGCCUCGACCCGUCCCAGCAAACGGACUUGGUUCAGUUGCAGGAAGACUUAAAGCAGCUGAUAGAGCUGACUGAAUCUAGCCUGGUGUCUAUUAAAAAAAGCAAACUUCUUGCAACCUUAGAUACAAACGCAUCCUCCUCCUCUCCUGCAGGUCCCCUAGAGCAGGAGGCCAACCUAGACAGCUCUGCCCAAGAUGAGGAAUAUGCUGCUUUUAAGGAAGCCAUUGGUGAGCUUGGAACUGAGGACAAACCUUCAGCUGCUGAUCAUGAGAUAUCAUCAAAGAGAGAUGAAGAAACUGAUGAGAAAAGUGAAUCUAAGUACAGUGAAGAGGAGGAUGAGUCUGACAGAGAGGAAGAGGAGGAGGAAUUGAGUGGGAUGAAGGUUAAAGCCCCGUACUACAGUGCUUGGGGGACCCUGGAGUACCAUAAUGCCAUGAUUGUGGGCACAGAAUACUUAGAAGAUGGCAGUGCAGGAGUCAGAGUUCUGUAUCUCUAUCCAACUCACAAGUCUUUGAAGCCGUGUCCAUUCUUCUUGGAUGACAAGUGCAGAUUUAAAGAGAACUGUCGGUUUUCUCACGGGCAAGUGGUGUCUGUGGAAGAGCUUCAGCCGUUUCAGGAGCCCGAUCUGAGCACUCUGGAGGUGGGCUCGGCCUGCCUGGCAAAACACAGUGAUGGAAUAUGGUAUACUGCAAAAAUAACUGAUAUCGACAGUGGCUACUACACUGUGAAGUUUGAUUCCCCUUUGCUAAAGGAAGCCGUUGUAGAAGGAGAUGGUAUCAUUCCUCCAUUACGAAGUGAAGAUGGCGCCUCCUCUGUUGAAUCUGAUGAAGACAGUGUUGAUGAUUCUGGCUACGCUAAAGUGAUAGAUUCAGGCGUCCCAGAGAAUGGGGAAUGGACUCCAGCUUGCAGUUCCUCUUUUGGUGGUUGGGAAGCCCAUACUCGUGGCAUUGGCUCCAAACUGCUUGCUCAGAUGGGAUACGAAUUUGGAAAAGGUUUAGGGAAGAAUUCUGAGGGACGAGUGGAGCCAGUGCAGGCGGUAGUGCUUCCUCGAGGGAAGUCCCUUGACCAGUGUGCUGAGGUGCUUCAGAAGAAGAAACAGGGGAAGCUGGACCCAGGCAAACCGAGGAAGUGCCGAGGAAAGGGAAACAGCGCUAGCCAGUCUCCUGCGGGCAGCCGUAAACCUCCCCGCAACGUGUUUGACUUUUUGAAUGAGAAACUGCGGGGGAAGAGCACUGGAGAGAAGGCUGGAGGGACAGUAUUGCCAGAGAGGAACAGCAAAGAGAUCUACCAUGCUAGCAAAAGCACCAAGAAGGCCCUGAGCGUCCGCCUCUUCCAAACAAUGGAGAAGAUUGAACAAACGCAGAAGGAUAUCAGAGGAAUCCAGCAGGCCCUGGCACGCAACAUUGGACGGCACAGCAUUGCUACAGCUCAGCUGGAGGAGAAAUUGGCUAAUGCUCACAAACAGCUGGGGCAGCUGCAGGCCCAGGAAGCCAGUCUGCAGCGGGAGCAGAAGAAAGCAGACACACACAAAAAAAUGACUGAGUUCUAGUCUCUCUCAGGAAGGCGUUGAACUGCAGUGAUCGUCCUUCGAGCCAGGCCCCGUGCUCACAGCCUCAGAGCCUGCGUGAGCCGUCCCACUCCUCUGGGCCUCAGUCUGUCCAGCUUGAAAUCUCGGCUGAAAAGCAGCAGUUUCCAAAACUAGAUGCUACUGAGCUGAGCUCUCCUGGGAUGGGGAAGAGUAUACGACUGUCCAGUCCUGAAAGCAUUCAGUAAGCCUGAGCCUCGUAUAAGGACUGGCUGCAAGAAAUAUGAUUCCCUUCUCUCUUGCACACCUCUUUCCUCCGUUAUCACUGCGGUAGUGCCUCUGUUCAGAGUCUGUACUUACUUGGGUGAUAACGUUGCUGACUGUGAACCAGCUGAGGAGGGGCUUUGAAAGCCCCACAUCCUGCCAUCAACUGUGGCUUGUGUUUGCAGCAGCCAACGGAGCACACACAAGUGGGGGCAGGGUCCCAAGCACGUUCUGGCAGAGCAGAAAAGGCAUGUACUAGUGCCGCCAGGUGAAAACAACAACGGCAUAUUUCUUCAGUUGCACUCUCCCAUCCAUUCUUUGCUUUGGGAUUUCUAUGAGGUCUCAGUUAUGUUAAGAGUAGUUCCUUGCAGCCGCAGUAUAAUGAAUAGACAGAAAACUGGCACCUUGGAGGUGGGUGCUAGCAGUCUCAAGCAACAUAUUUCUUCAGUCUGACUGGAAGAGUAUCCCUAGGCCACGUUAUGACCAAACCCCUUGAUUUGGCAUGGAAAGUUGCAUCACUCCACAUGUAGCAUGCCAGAACUGGGGGAAUAAGACAGCAGAGGAGCAGAUUCUCAAACCUUCUAGCUAGGAAGAACUCUUUGAGGAACCUUGUGCUUCUGCCAUCAUUACUUGCGUUUUUCUGUCCUAGGUGGCUCGUUGAACACAGGUUCUUUUUACAUUGAAAAUCUCGGGACCCAGUCCUGGGUCAGACUGGGCCUUGGAUGAGUACAAAGCUCAGGAGGUCUGUAUGCGCUGAGCAUGCAGCCCUGACUGUGGAAGAGCUUCAGGCUGUGCUGGAGGCAGGCCAAGCAAGCAAAGUGCCCUUCCCUGCAACAUGAGCAGUCCUUCUCAGACAGGAAGGAUAACUUCUCCGCUAGGUUAUAGUCUGUAUUGAUGGCAGCCAGCCUUUGUCCCAGAGGAGGAGGUGGUUCCAUCAGACUCUGUUUCUGGUGGUACUUGUGCAUUGGAAUUGUUUUUUUUUUCUUUGUUAGUAAUUUCAUGCCAGUAUCUUAAGGAUGCAUUUUUUUCUUCAGUUGAAAAAAAUCAGUUUCCUUUUGUUUUGUGAGUCAUUUUUCUAAUGAAAAGUUUUACUCUUUUCAUGCUACUCUUUUUUAUCUAUUUCUAAGAAAAUUAAAAAGCUGUCAGUCUGGGCAGGGCUUCCCCUGCAUGCAAGGGCCAAGCCUGUGUGAUGCACUGCCAAGCUAACUAGAAAAUCUAAGGCUGAAGGAGAUACGAUCAGAGCUGUUAAGUCAUGUGUGGUUUAGCAUUACUGCAGACACACACAGCUCAGAAAGCAUAGAGCAACAGUGAAAUUAAGCAAGAUAAAUGUCUUCAAGAAGUCUGUUAGAGUGACUCUUUCCACCUGGAAAGCGCUUGGAUUCUGCUAUGUUGGGCACCAAAGUUCCAGCUCCACGGUAGAUGUAAAAGGUGACGUGGACUGCCUUGAGCAUAUCAGCAUCCAUCAGUUUCUAACUAAACUGGCCAUACCCUUUUAAUUGUUCUGAAUUCAUGUUCUCCACGCACUGGGUUUAACUCGAGGGUUUAACAAUGGUUAUUCAGUGCCCUUCCCUCCCAAGUAACUGUUCGUUUCCCAUGCUCGAGUGUUGAGUGAUGACAAGGAUUAAUGUGCCCAACAUAGCGUGGGUGCUUGCCGAAGUGGCCCGUGACUGGUGAGCCGAGUUGGGUAGAGAAAUCUUUUAGUUUCGCUUUGUGCUCUCGCGCUACUUAACGUGUCUUUUUUACUUUGUAAUAAUUGGGCAUAUUAGUCCUAUGUCCUGGCUAAGUUGCAUUUUGACCAUUCCUUGAAAUUUCCACAGCUUCAGUUGUCAAACUUCCUAUUCAAAUGGCUGCUGCACCCUGCCCAAGAUAGUUUAUUCCCCUGGUGAAUAAAGUCUUUUUUUCUC